UGACGUAGAGGCGUUUCUCGGUUUUAGCCAAUCAUAUUCCUCCAGAUCACAACUUCCGGUUCUAUACUAGCAAAAAAACAAGAUGGCUGCUGCACGUAACGGAAAGAGCGGGCUUCUGGAAAAGUGGAGGAUCGAUGAGAAGCCGGUGAAGAUCGACAAAUGGGACGGCGCCGCCGUAAAGAACUCUCUGGACGAUGCAGCUAAGAAGGUGCUGCUGGAGAAGUACGGUUACGUGGAGAACUUCCAGCUGGUGGACGGCCGUCUGCUCAUCUGCACCGUCUCCUGUCUGUUUGCCAUGCUGGCGCUGGUCUGGGACUACCUCCACCCGUUCCCCGAGUCCAGACCGGUGCUGGCAUGCUGCGUGGUCUUGUACUUCAUCAUGAUGGGCGUCCUGACCCUCUACACCUCCUACAAGGAGAAGAACAUCUUCCUGGUGGCCUUGCAGAGAGAUCCUGCCGGCAUGGACCCUGACCACGUCUGGCAGCUGGCCUCCUCCCUCAAACGGUUUGACGAUCAGUACAGCCUGAGGGUGUCCUUCACCGACGGGAAGACGAGACGCUCGCGCGAGGCCGACUUCACCAAGUCGGUGUCGGCGUUCUUCGACCAGAACGGGACUCUGGUGAUGGAUCAGUUCGAGAAGAGCGUUUCCAGGCUGCACGACGCGCUGGCCUCCGACAAGAAGACCAAAUGAGAGCAGCAGCGCGCGGAGGCCGGCUCACUGCGGCCUCCUUCGCCUCCAUGGUUCCUUGGCUUCAGUUUGACCUCCAGAAACAUCGGAUCCGUCUAUCCAGAACCUGAAGCUGCAGAUGAACUGAAACCAAAGAACCGUCAUGAUGAAGACCUCCAGAUGUUCUUCCUCCAGAAGAACUUUCAGGGACUUUCAGGCUGAAGCUGACGCUUUGGGUUGACCUCCCUGUGGGGUCAUCGUUUCACAGGUGGGAGGAGCUAUAGAGGAAGUGGGUGUGGUCAUCAGAUCUGUCCGGUUAAGGCAUUUAAUAAAGCAA